AUGGAGAAUAUCCUCUGUUUUCUCAGAAGCUAUACUGAGACAGGGCUGAGCCCUGACUCACAUUACUUGGAUAUUGACCCCAACUUCAUCUGCUUGAGUGGGUUGGGAUUGUUUAUACUGUACUUGUUCUACGUGGUAUUGACCCUGUAUUCGUCACCCACCGAAAAAAAUAAUGACAUCCAAAAGCAUCAGGGCAGAGCCAGGAGGAGAAGGAAAGGUGGGACAUUUAAAGGUUUCCCAGACUGGAAAUGUUUCCAGAGAGAAGUGGAAGAGGAAAGGAAGCUGCUUUCUAUUCUGAAAAGAACUGCUGAUAUCCAGCGACUGCUGUCUCGGGAGUCCCUGAAAGAUGCCGCUCCCUCUGUGUCCCCUUUGGAUUCUGCAGGUUCUGCGACUGACUCAUCAUUCACUUUGUCGUCUGCCCCCUCAGCAACCCCUACAGAAGACCUAAUAUUGUCCCCUCGGCCCAAGCUCUCUCCACCCCAGUUAAUUCUUUCACCUGACUUGAUCACCUCCUUAGCUGACUUGUUUUCACCCUCAUCACUGAGGGACCAUCUGCCACCACAGCCUGUUUCUCCCCUGGAUUCCAAGUUCCCCGUAGACCAUUCCUCACCCCUACAGCUUCCCUUUCCCCUUCUCCCACCAUGUCACAUUCAGAGAGUGGAGUCCAGUCUCCAACCUGAGGCCAGUUACUGUCUGAACACCAUCUUUUCACUUGACUCCACCCAAUGCCAAGAUAUUUCCCAGGCCAUGAAUCCCACUGAUUCAUGUGCUCAUCAUUACAAACCACCAAUCUCAGCUGCUUUACCACUGGAAGACUGCUCUGUGACUCAGUCGAAAUCAAGACUCACCAUUUUGAAGCCUUUUGCAGAGAUGUUAUCUCUAGGUGGCUCUGGUGGGACAUCUACCUAUGCCCCAAUAAUCAAAGGCAUUGACCAUUCAUGCCCUGCAUCUUCAGAAUUCUCCUGGUGGCAUCCUCAUGCCAAGGACUCUUUUUCCUCCAAUUUUGUGCCAUCUGAUUUCAUGGAGGAGCUUCUUACCCUUCAUUCUUCUGAGGCCCCUUUAGGGUGGCACUCUGUGGCCAACGUCAUACAGCCUGUUAACAUCUCCUUUGUCAGUCAUGACAUUCUGGCACUCCUGGAGAGACAAGUCAAAAAAAGGUGUGAUCUCCUGAUGUGGAAAGAAAAUGAAAACAAAGCAGGAUCUUUCCCAACACAACUUAGGCCAAACUACCAGCUAAAGUCUUCACGGAAAAUGUUAGCCUCAAUUGCUGAUAAGCAUGACUUGGCAGCCUCCCUUACUUUUUGGGCUAGUAAAGGCAAACUAGAGGGGCAGCACAUCCAUCAGCAGCCCCCAUACUCUAAGUGCUUUGAGGACCAUUUAGAACAAAAAUAUGUGCAGCUCUUCUGGGGUCUCCCAUCUCUGCACAGCGAGUCCCUUUACCCUACUGUUCUUGGCCAACGUGGCCAUUCCUCCAUGUUUGUAUUCUUCAAUGGCAUUACAAAUACAUCUAUAUCCCAGGAAUCCCAAGUACUUCCCCCUCCCCAACCUCUGUCCUUGCCUGAUACCCAAGCUCCUGUCUCUUAUACACAUCUAGAUGUGUUGUUCUACCUGGUAUUGACCCUGUAUUUGUCACCCACCGAAAAAAAUAAUGACAUCCAAAAGAGUGACUUCUGUAUGAUCCCUGUGCCUCUACGUUCAUUGCAUAUAACAUACUCUUCUGGUUUCCCAGACCGGAAAUGUUUCCAGAGAGAAGUGGAAGAGGAAAGGAAGCUGCUUUCUAUUCUGAAAAGCUUUGGAUCUCCUGUUUCCUGCAGUCCUCUGGGCCAGCGUCAUGAUACCACCCGCUUUCAUCGACUGUUAUGCCCAGACCCUGUCUGUCAGGUGUGUAACAGAGCAACUGCUGAUAUCCAGCGACUGCUGUCUCGGGAGUCCCUGAAAGAUGCCGCUCCCUCUGUGUCCCCUUUGGAUUCUGCAGGUUCUGCGACUGAGUCAUCGUUCACUUUGUCGUCUGCCCCCUCAGCAACCCCUACAGAAGACCUAAUAUUGUCCCCUCGGCCCAAGCUCUCUCCACCCCAGUUAAUUCUCUCACCUGACUUGAUCACCUCCUUAGCUGACUUGUUUUCACCCUCAUCACUGAGGGACCAUCUGCCACCACAGCCUGUUUCUCCCCUGGGUUCCAAGUUCCCCGUAGACCAUUCCUCACCCCUACAGCUUCCCUUUCCCCUUCUCCCACCAUGUCACAUUCAGAGAGUGGAGCCCAGUCUCCAACCUGAGGCCAGUUUCUGUCUGAACACCAUCUUUUCACUUGACUCCACCCAAUGCCAAGAUAUUUCCCAGGCCAUGAAUCCCACUGAUUCAUGUGCUCAUCAUAACAAACCACCAAUCUCAGCUGCUUUACCACUGGAAGACUGCUCUGUGACUCAGUCGAAAUCAAGACUCACCAUUUUGAAGCCUUUUGCAGAGAUGUUAUCUCUAGGUGGCUCUGGUGGGACAUCUACCUAUGCCCCAAUAAUCAAAGGCAUUGACCAUUCAUGCCCUGCAUCUUCAGAAUUCUCCUGGUGGCAUCCUCAUGCCAAGGACUCUUUUUCCUCCAAUUUUGUGCCAUCUGAUUUCAUGGAGGAGCUUCUUACCCUUCAUUCUUCUGAGGCCUCUUUAGCAGGGCACUCUGUGGCCAACCUCAUACAGCCUGUUAACAUCUCUUUUGUCAGCCAUGACAUUCUGGCACUCUUGGAGAGACAAGUCAAAGAAAGGUGUGAUUUCCUGAUGUGGAAAGAAAAUGGAAAGAAAUCAGGAUGUUUCCCAACACAACUUAGGCCAAACUACGAACUACAUUCUUCACAGAAAAUGUUAUCCUCAAUUGCUGAUAAGCAUGACUUGGCAGAAUCCUUUCCCUUUAGGGCCAGUAAAGGCAAACUAGAGGGGCAGCACAUCCAUCAGCAGCCCCCAUACUCUAAGUGCUUUGAGGACCAUUUUGAGCAAAAAUAUGUGCAGCUCUUCUGGGGUCUCCCAUCUCUGCACAGCGAGUCUCUUCACCCUACUGUUCUUGUCAAACAUGGCCGUUCCUCCAUCAUCAUAGAUGAGGUCAGUCAGAAACAGACUGUACCGGCCAGUAGAUCCAGCGCAGAGCUGCCCAUAAUGCAAGCUGGAGUUGGCCGUGAGUCAAAGGAUAAGAGAGAGAGUGCCAGUAAUAAUGUUAACAGGCUUCAGGGCAGUAGAAAGACCUUUCCUGUCACCAAUGGGUCGAAGGAGAUGUUCAAGGAAGAGGAGAGCUGUGCUCUUCAAUCACAAACUAGGAACAACUUGACAUCCAGCAAGUCAGGAAGCUGCUCAGUGACAAAUGUGAAAACAAGCACAUCUCAUGAAACUGAAAUUUUCCCACCAAGAGUAUCAGUUCCCCAAGAUCCUAAAUCAUCAUAUCUUAAAAAUCAGAUGCUGAGUCAGUUAAAGUUGGUCCAGAGGAAGGAUAGCCAACCUCAGAGCCAUUUCACUGACACGUCUAUUGCCUUAGAGAACUUGAGUUCCAAGGACUUACUGACUCAUCCCCAGGGCAUCUCCAGUGGGGAUAUGGGAACUUCCCAGGUGUUGCAUGUCCACUUGGAAGACAGAGGGAUCUGUGUGGCACAGCAGCAGGAGCCCAGGGUCCCUACCCAUGUCUUACAGAAGUGUCAAGUUAAGAAUUUCCCACCAGCUAUAAAGAGAGUGAGCCCUAGGAGACCCAAAGGAGGAGAGCUUGGUGGGGGGGAUGCAGGGUUGGAGACAUCCCAACUCAGGAGAAAGAGCCACGCUAUUCAUAACAAGACAUCAGGGGAGGUGCUUGGGAGCAAAUCUUCCCCAACCUUGAAAACACAGCCUCUUCCUGAAAACCUUUUCAGAAAGUGGAUGAAGACCUUUUUGCAGCGGUUUAAUAAACCCAGCAUAACAGAUGAAGAGCAAGAAAUUUCUCGGGCAAAGGGUAGCUCCCUGUCGUCAUCUGUGCAGAAUAGAGGUCGAGUUACAAGAAGAGCUGCCUUUAUUGGGACUACUGAAGCUCAGAAAAUUAGGAAAGACACUAGGGAUUCCCCAGAGGUGAAGCUGGGGCAUAAGCGUGGGAUAGAUGUCACCUGUCCCCAAGAGCCUGUUUCCUUCCCAGUGGAGCUUGGGAAAGCUCAGCACAACCCAGAAGUGCAGGUCACAGCAGAGCCUGUCCUGGGCUAUCCCUGCAACUACAUGGCUCCCUCCUGCAAACUGACAUGUACCAAAUCUUGCAGCCAACAAGCUGUCUUUGUUGGCCAGAAUUAUCCUACAAGGAUUAGACAGAACACAGACAAGGACAGACAGCCUGAGAAAGUUGAGGCAUUUAAGGGGAAGCUAUUGUGUCAAAGGCAUCCCCAAUCCGUUACCCACAGGAAGCCUAUGCCACAUUCAAACCCCACUUGCCGGCAUCAGGUCAGCCUGGUGUGUCCAGCCGUCCCGACCAGUGCUAAAAGCACUGUGUUCAGUGAUGUGCCUUUACUAACUAGAUAGAAAAUGCUUCCGAAGCAUUUCCAGGGAGGGAAAUUUUCCCCUACAAAAUAA